CCUUUUGUCCUCUUUCAAUGGGGAGAUUAGAAAAGAAGAAAGAGAUGAUGGAAAUCGAUCUAUCACUAAAAAUUGAUCAUGCUAAAGAAGAAGAAGAUGAUGAUCAUGAUCAUGAGGAAGAUGAUAAUGAAGUAGAGGAGAAAGAAGACAAAGACGAAGUAGAAAAGCAAAAAGAUGAAGAGUCAAAAGAAGAACAAGAACGAAUAGUGCAUGGGCAGAACAACAAUGAACAAGCAGAAGCCACAAUCGGUGAAGUAGAGGAUGAGGCAUCUGUAGUUGAAUCCUUGCAGGAAAAUAUGAAGUCAGAUGAGUUAGCUGUGCUACAAAUGGAGAUGAACCGUAUGAAAGAAGAAAACAAGGUCUUGAGGAAAGUGGUAGAGCAAACAAUGAAAGAUCACUAUGAUCUCCAAAUUAAAUUCGCCGCUGUCCAGCAAAAUAACCAAAAAAAGGACACCCUUGCCUUCCUUUCUCUCCAUGAUAUUCAACAACCAAACGCAGUGCUUCCUUAUAAGAUGUUAGAUGGCAAUACAAACAACCCUAAAUCUCCAUUGCCAUCACACGAGAGUAUCAUCGGCGAGAGCGAAUUAGGGCUGUCGUUGAGGCUCCAAACAGGCACAGGAAAACAGGAAAGAGAAGACGGCCAUAGUCAUAAAGAAAUAUUAUAUAAAAAAGAAGACUUGACAAGUUGCACAUCGGCGCAAAACAAGCUACAAAGAACUGAAUCAUUGUCAGCUGGAAUAACAUGCCACGUCACUGGUAGUAGUACUCCGCCUAACAGAAAGGCUAGGGUUUCAGUGAGAGCAAGAUGUGAAGCUGCCACACUGAAUGAUGGUUGCCAAUGGAGAAAAUAUGGUCAGAAAAUAGCCAAAGGAAACCCUUGCCCACGAGCCUACUAUCGUUGCACUGUUGCUCCAGGAUGCCCAGUUCGGAAACAGGUGCAAAGGUGUUUAGAGGACAUGUCCAUACUAAUAACAACGUACGAAGGCAACCACAACCAUCCACUCCCUGUAGGUGCAACAGCCAUGGCUUCGACAGCCUCCGCCGCAGCGGCUUCCUUCAUGCUCAUAGAUUCAAGCAGCGGUUACUCCGAGCAUGGUGGUACCUCUAGUUUCCACCAAACAAACCUUCCCUACAGCAAUAACCCAGCUCAAAUGUUCCUAAACCCUAUGUCGUCACAAUACUCCUCAAACAUCAGGACAAUAAACCCCAAUGACCCUUCCAAAGGGAUAGUCCUUGACCUCACAAACACCCUGCAAUUUUCGCUGCCCACGCCCUCACUUCUCCAAUCUUCUCAUCAUCAGCCGCCAAAUUUCACUUGGAUUAAUCCGAGCAAACUCCCAAAUGGCCUUGUGCAAAAUGGAACUAGUCAUGGCAUCGCCGCAGGCGGGCUUCUUGCGAGCGCUCGAGGAUCGGAUGAGAGGGUUUGGAGAUCAGUCACCGGUGAGGAAAAGAAGUCGAUGGCUGAAAACGUUACAGCCAUAGCUUCUGAUCCUAAAUUUAGGGUUGAUGUUGCGGCUGCUAUUGCGUCUCUCAUUAAUAAAGAGAGCCAGAAGGCGACGAAGAACCCCAUUGGAAGUACUUUAGAUCAUGCUAAGAUGUAGAGGAAAGUGGUAAGGCUUCUAUUAGCAACAAUUGGGUACUUCAAUCAGUCCCUGGAAACGGUAAGACCAUUCGUCAAACACCUUGAAAUUAGCAAUCUAUAGCAGAUAUAUAUCCAAACAAAAAUUUGUAAUUCAAAGCCGAAUUGAAGGGUUAUAUAGUUAUGGGCUAUAUAUGUGUACCACUUAUCCAGUGUAGAGUUGGAACAUUUAGUUAUAGGGAA